GGGCGGGGGUGGCACCGUGGGCGAGCCCCGAGGCGUCCGAGGUGGAAGGGUCGCUCGCCGCCCCCAGUGGCGCCUCCGUCCCCGGCGUCACCGCCCCUGCCGCCCCCAAGACGUCCCUCCUCAGGGUGCCCAGCAAUGGCCUGGACCGAGACUCCCUCAGCAGCGAGGGCGGCUCGCAGAGCCGGCGCCGCAGCUCCGUCAUGUUCAACGAGGUGGUCCUGGUGGGCGGGCCGGGCGGGCCCGGUCAGCCGGCCGCCGUCGCGCAGGGUGACAAGACGACGCAGACGGGGGAGGCGGAGGCGGGCGGCGAGCCGCUCACGUGCCAGGAGCUGCUGGCGCUGUCGGGGGCGCUGAGCGCCGCGCUUCCGACCGGCCAGACGGCGCUCAACUCGCUCUUCUCGACGCUGGGCAAGGGCGUGGUGAUCGGUGACGCGCUGCAGCGCCACCAGCAGGACAACCACAGCCGGCCGUCGUGCUGCACCGACUGCUGCCCGUGCAGCGCCAGCUGCCCCACCUGCCCCACAUGCGCCAUGCAGGCCCAGGGCGGCGAGUGGGCCGUGAUGCUGGACGGCGCCGACACGUCGCUGCGCCGCCGCCGGCGCUGCCUGGUGCGCGCCAAGAACUGCACCGUGUCGUGCAUGCGCAACACGAGGCGCUACGUCAAGCGGCUCGUCGACCACAAGUACUUCCAGCAGGGCAUCCUGGUCGCCAUCCUCUUCAACACGCUCAGCAUGGGGAUCGAGUACCACGAGCAGCCCGACUUUCUGACUGUGGCCGUGGAGACGAGCAACAUCGUUUUCUCGGGCAUCUUCGCGGUAGAGAUGUUGCUCAAGGUGACAGCCGAAGGACCGUUCGGAUACAUCAGCAACGGGUUCAACGUAUUCGACGGCGUCAUCGUUAUUUUAAGUGUGGUGGAGCUGUGCCAGCAGUGCCUGGGCGAGCGCGAGGGCUCCUCGGGGCUGUCGGUGCUCCGGACCUUCCGCCUCCUGCGAAUCCUCAAGCUGGUCCGCUUCCUGCCCAACCUGCGGCGCCAGCUGUUUGUCAUGCUGCGCACCAUGGACAACGUGGCCAUCUUCUUCUCGCUACUGAUACUUUUUAUUUUUAUAUUUAGUAUACUUGGAAUGAACUUGUUCGGUUGCAAGUUCUGUCCUAAAGAUGCAAAGCCUGGGAGUGAAAAGUGUGAUCGCAAGAACUUUGACUCUUUACUAUGGGCCCUAGUCACUGUCUUCCAGAUCCUGACCCAGGAGGACUGGAACGUCGUGCUUUUUAAUGGCAUGGAAAAGACGAGCCACUGGGCGGCUCUCUAUUUCGUGGCGCUAAUGACGUUUGGCAAUUACGUCCUCUUCAACCUCCUCGUCGCCAUCCUCGUGGAGGGCUUCUCGUCAGAGCGCAACGAACGGCGCGAGCGGGAGCAGCGCGAAAUGGCGAAACACGCCGCCAAGCACGCCGCCAAGCUGUCGGAGCUCUCGGAGCAGAUGGACGCCAUGGGCACGGGGUCGUCGCGGUCCUGCUCGGCGUCCGAGUCCAGCAUGUCGGGCCUGUCGCGCAACGACUCGGCCGUGCGGGACCGGUGGCGGAGCGCGGAGGAGCUGCGCGUGCGGAACAAGGCCAACAACGCCCACCGGGAGAAGGAGAACUGGCAGCGCCAGGGCCAGCGUCAGGGGCAGCGGCAGGGCCAGCGCAUGCUCGCCGGCUCCGACCCCAAGUGCAACAUCCAGAAAGAGAGCAAGAUGCUGUACGGCUGGGAGGCGCCCGUCAUCACGCACACGGCCGCCACGCCGCAGGACUCGCCCAGCGCGACGGCCAGCGCGUCGGCCAGCGCGGGGCUGGCGUCGGGGCUGCCCACCAUCGCCCUGCUCGCCGGCUCCACGCUCUCCAUCGACUCCAUCGAUCGCUCCGUGUCCUCGCAGACGAGCAUGUCGCUGCUGAAGCCGCCCGACAACAAGUUUAACGUGCACAGCCACAGCCACUGGAACCCGGCCACGCCCGCCGCCCCCGCCCCCGCGCCCUCACCGCCGCCGCCUCCGCCGCAGCAACAGCAGCUGCCGGCGGCGGUGGCGGCUACACAACCCCCGGCGGGCGCGGGCGGCGGGCGCAGGGACAGCGCGGGCAGCGUGUCGCCGUGCCUGCGCCGCGUGUGCUCGUGGAAGCUCUCGCGGCCCUCGCUGCGCCGCAAGUCGCGCCGCCACUCGGGCUCGGAGCCCGAGGACGCGGACUACGUCCCGCUCAACAACAGCCACGGCCUGGCCCUCGGCCUGGACCACUCGGCGUGCAACGGCCGCUUGCUAGCCUCGAUCCGCAACGACACGCAGUGCUUGAACAACAACAAUAACAACAACACGCACACGCUCAACAACAAUAAUAACAACAAUAACAACAACAACAGCAGCAUGUGCGCCCUGAGCGGCGCUCUGAGCCUUCCACCGCCCGGCGGAGGGUCGCGCCGGCCGAGCCUCAGCCCCCAGAACUCACUCCGGGGCCGGGUGUCUUGGUCCGGGCGGAAAUUUGUGAAAAAAUUAGGAAUUGAUAAAGAUCUUUCUAAUACUACACAAGAGCAUAUCAAAAGAGCAAUGUAA